CUCAAAUAACACCAAAUAAAAGUCAAAAUUGCGGCGGUAAAUUCAUUGCACACACCAUUCUUGAAACUACUGUAUUCAUCAGUCAAUCUACAGACCUUCUAACCUACUAAAAAUAGAACAAGACCAACUAAAAUCAAAACAUAGUACUGAAUAUCAAUCUACAGCCCCUCCAACCUGCUAAAAAUAGAACAAGACCAACUAAAAUCAAAACAUAGUACUACUGAAUAUCAAUCUACAGCCCCUCCAACCUGCUAAAAAUAGAACAAGACCAAUUAAAAACAAAACUUAGUACUACUAAGUAACAAAGUUGAUGACUAUGAUGGCAGAAAAUUCAUGGCAAACCAAUCUUGACAGUUGACAAUAUCAAUAAAUCAUAACAGUCAGUCCCUCUCUUGCCACCUUUCACAUGGUUCUCUUACAUCAAUUUUGUCACCAAUAAAACCCCUGCAUAAAAUCGACCAGGUUCUGUGGAAAUUAAUGAGUGCCUAUUUUCUUAUAAGUUCAACAUAAUAUUGGAGGUUUCCAAGAAAAGAGAAAAAAGUAUACUAGCUUUCCUCAUCAAACAUUCCCUUGUUAUAUAAACAUGAAGAAUGUAUCUCCAUAGCACAAUAUAUGAUCCUUUCUAUCUGAAAUGGAGGCAAAACACUUAUCAUUCAUCUUCAUUUCAGUCUUGAUAUUCGUUUCCUUCAUCAUUCGUUUAUUUCAGAUAUGGAAGGCAUCAAAAACCUUUAACAAACUAUUGCCUCCAGGGCCAUGGAGUCUACCUUUGAUUGGGAACUUGCACCUAUUAAUGAAUGGCCGCCUUCCAGUACAUCAUACUUUCAGAAGUCUAUCGCGAAGAUAUGGGCCAAUCUUUCACUUACGUCUUGGAGAAAUAUCGAUCAUUGUUGUAUCUUCACCUGAGAUGGCAAAAGAAAUUAUGAAAACUCAAGACCUUCGCUUUGCUACUAGGCCUGAAUUUAUGUCUGGAGACAUUAUUUUCUACAACUACACAGACAUUAUAACUUGUCCAUAUGGUGAUCACUGGAGAAAUAUGCGCAAAGUGUGCAUCGUGGAACUUCUUAGUGCAAAGAUGGUCAAGUCAUUUAAUUCAAUUCGACAAGCAGAGAUGUCAAGUCUCAUUUCAUCCAUUAACUCCAUGCCUGAUGACUCAUUGAUCAACUUAUCAGAUAAAAUGUUUUGGUUUACAAGUUCUGUAACUUGUAGGUCAGCUUUCGGGAAAGUGAUUCAUGAUCAACAUAAGUUGAUAAUGUUGGUGAAGGACAUAGCAUCAUUAGCUGCAGGAUUUGACUUGGCUGAUAUGUUCCCUUCCCGAAAGUGGCUUCACAAGAUUACUGGAUUGAAGUCCAAAAUGUUGAAGGUUCACACAAAGGUAGAUGCAAUUUUGGAGAAUAUCAUUAAUGAGCAUCGGGAAAGUCGAACUAACGGUAAGAAGGGCAAUGGUGAGACUGGAGGUGAAGAUUUGAUCGAUGUUCUACUUCGAGUCAUGGAGAGUGGCGAAUUGGGAACUCCACUCACAAAGAAGAAUAUCAAAGGUGUUAUUUUUGACAUGUUCUUAGCAGGAGCUGAAACCUCAUCUACAACAAUUAUUUGGGCGUUGGCUGAAAUGAUAAGAAAUCCAAGUGUUAUGGCUAAAGCACAACUUGAAGUUAGAGAAGUCCUAAAAGGAAAGAGAACAUUUGAGGAUAUUGAUCUAGAAGAGUUGAAGUAUCUAAACCUAGUGAUUAAAGAAACAUUAAGGUUGCACCCUCCUGUUCCUCUAUUACUCCCUAGGGAAUGCAGAGAAGAAACAAAAAUUGACAAAUAUACAAUACCUAUCAAAACUAGAGUUCUGGUGAAUGUAUGGGCAAUGGGAAGAGAGUCUAAAUAUUGGCAUAAUCCAGAAAGUUUUAUACCUGAGAGAUUUGAGAAUAAUUCUAUUGAUUUCAAAGGAAACCACUUUGAAUUUAUUCCGUUUGGUGCAGGACGAAGAAUAUGUCCAGGAUUAUUAUUCGGUUUAGUUAAUGUAGGACAUCCUUUAGCUCAAUUGCUUUAUCACUACGACUGGAAGACUCCUCCUGGGAUAACUCCAGACAAUUUAGAUAUGACCGAAACAAUUGGGGUAGCUGGCGGAAGAAAGGAUGAUCUUUGUUUAAUUGUUACUCCUUUUGGUCUCUCUUAACAAUAGAUAUAGACAUAAGAAUUCUGUUAGAAAAAAUUGCAAAUUUCACCUAUUACCACCUGUUUAUCAUACAGUGAUGAAUAAGAAGAUAAUGGUUUUUAUUUUAAAGUAACUUGUUUAUACAUCUUUUAGUGGUAUAUCCAUAUUAUGUUACAUGUGAGCGGCAAAAAAUGGCCAAUAUGUCAAAAUUAAACUUUUCGCAAUAAUACUUCUUUCAGGUUUUUCUUUUUCUCAUUACAUCUACAAAUAAUACUUCAUCACAUCACAUAGUCAUGUUGCUCUGUUUCGUCCGAGAAAAGUAAUACAGCCAGAGAGAUACUCAAAUAUUAUACGCUUCUUCUCCAAUACUAUCGUUGAAACACAACUUUUCAUUUCAACAUACAUACCUUAUGAAAAUGAGCAUCUAUAGCAAGCUUACUGUUAUGGGAUUUAACACCUAUUAUGCAAAUGAGCAUCUAUAGCAAGCUUACUGUUAUGAGAUCUAUAAACCACAAAGCUACGUUGACGUAUUUAUUAUUUGUGGUCCCAGAAUGUUAGGCAUUUUAGUAGAUUUCAGAUUCUUCUCAUUCUUUACCUACUUUUUUUCAAAUUGUUUUGCUAUAAUUAUCCGCAAAUCAGCCCUUCCUUUAGGUUCUUUCAACUACACUAGAUCAUCUUUCAAAUUGGUUUAAUUUAUUUCUCGGGGCAAGGGUCUAGGGUUACUACCUUUCUAUUGAAAAAUCAAAUGUGGAUAGCCAGUGGCCCCAAAGAAACGAAAGAAUCGUAUCAUUUUCCUGAGCAACCAAGAAGAUAAAGAAAUUCGAUCUUUAUCUUUGAUAGUUAGAAACAUAAAGAAAGUAUGUUUCUUUAUCUUUGAUUUAUCACAUUACACAAAUCGAAAGUAUUCGAAACAUAUCAAACUUAGGGAACAUGAAAUCGCAUACCAAAGUACUUUCGCAAGGUGAAUCUCGCAAAAUCGUACUGAUAAAUUACUUUAAAACAACGAAAAUUCUAGUUAAGUACUCAUAUAUGUACGGGAGAUUAGAAGGGGGAAGA